GCCUAUGCCUUUGUCUAAUUCUGCAGGGCACGUACUUGAUGUAGAAACAAGUCAUGCUUCUCAUGAAGGUUGCACAGAGAAGAAUACUUUUGAUACUACUUUUCCUUCAACUGGUGAUCGUGCCUCUAAAGUAGAAACAGAUUAUGCCUCUUGAGGAAGAUGAUGGGAAGAAGGCUAAAGUUGAAGUUAUGAAUAAGUCUCUAAUUGGAGAAUCUGAUCAAAUUUUGGAUGCCAAUUCUUUGGAUGCUGUAGAAGGUUUUAACACUGUUGAAGAAUGUUUGGAGAAAAAUGCAGUUAAAAGCUCAACGCAGAGGGACACUGCAACCUCUUCAAAAUUUAUGGUUGAAAAUAUCAAAGGUGCUGUGCAUGGCGAGGACCAAGCAGAAGCUUCAUGGGCUGUAAAACUACCUGGUGUUGAAACAACUCAAAUUUCUAGUAGGGAGAUUGCAAGCUCAACAGGAGGGCUUUUCCUUUCUUCAGGUGCUGCAAUGUUGCCACAUCCUUCCAAGGCAUUGACAGGUGGAGAGGAUGCUUUUUUCAUCACACAAAAUUGGGUAGGUGUAGCUGAUGGAGUGGGUCAAUGGUCACUUGAAGGUAUUAAUGCCGGACUUUAUGCUCAAGAGCUAAUGGAGGGUUGCACAAAGAUGGUUUCAGAAUUUCAAGGAGCUCAACUAAUUAAGCCAGAAGAAAUUCUUAUUCAAAGUGCUUCAAAAGCACAUUCAUCAGGCUCAUCUACAGUUGUAGUUGCUUAUUUUGACGGUCAGGCUCUCAAUGUGGCAAAUAUUGGGGACUCUGGCUUCAUCAUAAUAAGAAAUGGCUGUGUCUUCAGAAAGUCCUCCCCAAUGGUUUAUGACUUCAAUUUUCCAUUGCAGAUUGAAAGAGGGGAUGAUCCAUCAGAACUUAUAGAGGGAUACAAAAUUGAUUUGGAUGAGGGUGAUGUGGUCAUCACUGCAACGGAUGGGCUUUUUGACAAUCUAUAUGAACAAGAAAUAGCAUCGAUUGUAUCAAAAUCAUUGGAAGCCAGACUGAAACCAGAGGAAAUAGCAGAAUUCUUAGCUACGAGGGCACAAGAAGUGGGGAGGUCAGGAUCAGUAAGGAGUCCAUUUGCAGAUGCUGCCCAGGCGGCUGGGUACACAGGAUAUACCGGUGGCAAGCUUGAUGAUGUUACUGUCAUCGUUUCUGUUGUACAAGAGAGCUCUAGCUUGCAUUCCCAAUGAUUCAAUCUUCUCUGUAAUCUUUAAUUUUAAAGUUGUAAAUACCAACAAUGAAGGUAGAAAUGAUUAGUUGGGUGUGGAACAUCUGGCUUUACAGUUAGUUGUAAAAGUACUAGUAAGGCCAUAUUUUCAAUGAGCAUUACUUCUAUGUUAAAAUAGCCAUACAAGAUGCGUAUGUUUCAUUCAUCUCGCUUGAAUGGGAAAAGCUUUUAACUGAUUGUAUUUGAUGGGUUGUAA